UUCAAAAAAUGGCUGCUGGAACAAUCAUUUGGGACAGAGCAUCCUCAUCUCUUGUGCAGAUGAUGAUCCGCUCCUGCUUCCAUGGCUUCCCUAUAAAUGCCUUGCCUCCAGCUCUCCCUCUUCUUCACACCUCUCACCUGUACCGUCUCUGUUGAUAAGGUGAAGUCUUCCCAUAGGAGGUUCAUAAGAUGGCUUCGUCUGCAGCUUUAAUGGCCGUGUGCUUGCUGCUCCUGGGAGCCUCCACUCUGUCAGCUCCGUUGACGACAGUGAGCAUCAGAAAGGUCUUAGUGGCUGUGGAGGAUCCUCCAUUGGUAUCGAAUGCCAUUGGAGCUGUCCCGGGAGGGAUUGAGAAGAGCGAAGGUGGAGGGGAGAUGGUAGAGUCAGAGCUAAGAAGGGUUCCUUCAGGUCCUGAUCCGCUGCACCAUCACGGUUCGGCUCCUAAGAAACCCGAUAACCGAAAGAGUCUACCCCAGACUCCAUAAGUGUCCGUCCCGAGUCGUUUUUUAACAGUUAGGGGAAUGAAAACUAACCUUCCUUUUGGUUCUCCCCGAAAAUGACGUUAGUCAGUCUCACCAGCUGAAGUCAGUCUUGACGUUUUUGAGUUGCUUCUUUUUGGGGGUUUGUCAUAUAUAUGUUUGUCUGCUCCCUAUAUGUCAGUCGUCUAUGGCUAAUAGCCUAAGAGAAGAAUUGGAACCACAUAAUAUAGUGCAUGGUAACAAUACAAUGUACAAAACGGGCGCAAUGCAUUUUG